AUGUGCUAUGUGUCGUGCAAUGGCAUGGACUUGACAACAAUUCCAGCAGUUCACUUGCAAAUACACGUUAAGGAACUGGAUAUUUCCUGCAAUGUCAUCUCACAGAUCAAGUUGACAGACUUAAGCAAUAUCUUGAGUUUAAGAGCGCUAAAUCUGUCGAGCAACAACAUCUCUAGCAUAGAUGAUGGCCCUUUUCAAGAGCUAAUUCACCUACGCGAACUCUACAUGUCUAGCAAUCGACUAAAGCAUGUAACUAAAGGCUGUCUAAGGGGACUAGUUAGCCUCUCUGUGCUGCGAUUUGAUGGAAACGAAAUAGAGCAAAUUGAUCCGUCUGCUUUUGUUUCACUUCAAAAUUUGACUCAUGUGAAUCUGGCAAAGAACCGACUCACUCGCAUGGAGUCUGUGAAGACUAUACUAGACUUACCAAAUUUAUUUGAGCUCAUAAUUGAAUACAACUAUAUCACCAGUUUCGUGUCUCAUAACCUUUCAAGUAAACCAUUGCAACUACAGAGACUUGAUUUAUUUUUAAACCCACUGAAUACAUUUCAGAUAACAAACAAUGUCCUACCACAUCUCCGCUUUCUGUCUAUCUCCCGAGGUUAUGUAGGGCCUCUCCAAUGGAAUAUAAGACUGACAGUUAGACAUUCACAGAUAACCAAAUUCAACUAUACUACACAUGUUCUACCCACACUUUCACAGCUUGACUUUUCCAACAACAAUAUAAACCAAGUCACAUGUUCUGAUUUCAGUAAUUUAACCCUUUUGAAAAGGCUAGACCUACAUCGCAACCAAAUUUACAAUCUUAGCAAUUGUACUUUCCAAAAUCUACAGAACUUGCAGGUGUUAAAAUUGGGGUUAAAUAAUCUAAUAGAUGUGAGACAUAUAUUUAAUGACUAUCUUCCGAAACUAAAUAUUUUGGACUUGCACAGCAAUAAGAUAAGUACACUGCUUGAAGGGACUUUCAAAGGACUCUGUGCUCUUCAACAUCUGAGCAUUUACGAUAAUCAAAUAAACAGUAUAUCAGAAAAUGCUUUUGAAGGACUACACAAUUUAAAGGAAUUGGUCCUUACUGGCAACCACCUGAAUCAAAACACAUUUACCUCUCCAGACAUUUUUAAAGGUCUGGAGAGCCUGGAAGAGCUGAAUUUAAAUGACAAUUACAUAACGUUCGACAGACGUUUUAAAUUUCCACCUUUUGCAAUGUUAAAGUCCCUGAAAAAGCUCUUUGUUGCUGACCAGAGACGGGGCAUGACCAACUUGCCUUGUAACUUGCUGGAAGGCCUGAGCUCCUUGACCUCAUUUCAUGGAUCCAAUCUCAACAUCCAGUAUGUCUGCCCAGAGACUUUCUCAUACACUCCCAAACUUCAGUACCUGGACCUUAGCAAUAAUGCAUUUAUGAUGGAUAAUUCUUUAUCUUCAAGGGUAUUCCAUCCCAUUCUUGCACUGUCUGAGCUCAAUUUAGAACAAAGCUUACUAACAUCACUAAACUUUGUAAUUGAUGCAAACCUUUCUCAACUCACAAAACUUCAGAUCAAAAACAAUCAGCUACAAGUUAUCAAUCAGACUAUAAUUGAAUUCCUUCCUAAUCUAAGAAAUGUUGACAUUCGAAACAACAAAUUCAUUUGUGACUGUAGCAACGAGUGGUUACUUCACUGGGCCAAUACAUCAGCACAGACCCAGGUAUUAUACUUUAAUCAAUAUCAGUGUAGCUAUCCCCCAGCAGCCCAAGGUCAAUACCUGGAAGACUUCAAGACAAGCUCCUGCACCUUAGAUUUGGAGUUCAUUUACUUUGUAGGUAGCUCAUCUCUGGUGAUUGCUACGCUCUUGGUGUCUUUCACGUACGAUUUUGUGCGAUUUCAGCUGGUCUACGCAUACUACCUGCUCUUAGCCUACCUCUACGACAGCAAGAGGCAGCGGAGACAGAGACAACAUGGCUUACUCUAUGAUGCCUUCGUCUCCUACAACUCCCAAGAUGAACUUUGGGUCCUUCAGGAACUGCUGCCACAUCUGGAGACCGAACAAGGAUGGAGACUGUGUCUCCACCACCGGGACUUUGAGCCAGGCAAGCCCAUCAUUGACAACAUUGUGGACGGCAUCUACAGCAGCCGAAAGACCAUCUGCGUGGUGACGCGGAACUACUUGAGGAGCGAGUGGUGCUCCAAGGAGAUUCAGGUGGCCAGCUUCCGGCUGUUUGACGAGAACAAUGAUGUGCUCAUCCUGGUCUUGUUGGAAGACAUCCCUGCACAACAGCUGUCCCCGUACCACAGGAUGCGAAAGCUGGUUAAGAAGCAGACGUAUCUCUGCUGGCCAAAACAUGGAGAGGAUAAGAGAAUCUUCUGGGAGAAACUACGAAUGGCUAUGAGUGCUAAUACGGAAGACAAUCACAUUCUGUAA